AUGGAUAUAGUUCAAGGAGAAGAAACUCAUACAAUUGAUGUUAGACCCUUGGCAUCUUCGAUAGAAGAAACGAUGUCCCAGCAUUUGUUCAUGUCACCUAAUUGUUGCAUCUUCAAAACUCCAGUCGCACUCUACAGGCAAAAUCCAAAAGCUUAUAUCCCCGACGCAUUUUCGAUUGGGCCUUUCCAUCAUGGUAACCAAUUUUUGAAAGGUACAGAAAUAAUUAAAGCUAAAUAUUUAAAAAACCUUCUCGAAAAAUCAGAGUCUCCAAAUACAAUGCUGGCAGAUAUGAUCAAUUACAUCAAAGCUUCGGAGAGAAAGUUUCGUGAAUGUUAUGCUGGAUGGCUUAAUUAUAGCUCAGAAGAAUUCGUGAAAAUUUUGGUAAUUGAUAGUUGCUUUAUUAUUGAGCUAUUCUUCAGGAAUGCUGAGAAGAGGGGAGUAGAAGAUGACCCUAUUUUACGCACGCCUAGUAUGCUUGAAGUUCUAGACCAUGACUUGAUAUUGCUAGAAAACCAAGUACCUUGGAUGAUACUUGAGCGUUUGUUCAGAAUGACCCGCCACAAUAGAUGCCACGGGGAGACCCUAAUUCAACUUGCCAUUGAAUUCUUUCGUAACAUAUUCCCGUUCACGAUAUCUGAUCCACCUCAAGCCAUCAAACAUAUUCCUGACUUGUUUAAAAAAUUGAUGGUUUCAUCAAUGGGAGUAGAAGAAUUUGGAUCGAAUAUGCCAUACAGAUGGGAACCCGUACCUUCUGCUACGCGUCUCCUAGAAGCUGGAAUCAAAUUCAGACAGAGUAAGUCUGCAAAUAUGUUUGACAUAAAAUUUAGAAAUGGCAUCCUCGAAAUUCCUCAAAUAAGAAUUCAUGAGAUCACAGAAACAUUUAUCAAGAAUCUCAUCAGCUUUGAGCAAUGCUACCCCAAAGGCGAUGAUACGAUCACUUCCUAUGCCAUACUCCUCGACAACCUCAUUGACACUACUAAGGACGUGGAGAUACUUCGUGAAAGAAAUAUCCUUUCUAUCUGCUUGAAUCCAGAGGAUGCGGUCCAAUUCUUCAACAAGCUUUACCACACCACUUGUGUUAAGAGCUUCCAUUACUUAGAUCUUUGCAGGGACUUAAAUAAACAUUGUCAAAAGAGAUUGCCUAGAUGGCGAGCACUACUUGUGCGCAGAAUCUCGGCCAGUGACGAGAUCAGUGAUGAAGAACGUACAACAAACAGCAAUGGAAGGCAGAGUGGGAAAUUUGGAGCAGUCAGUGCACGUAAUAUCAGAAGUCCAGCAAAAGAUGAUGGCCCGUUUGACAUAAAUUCUGGAGAAGAUAUCUACGCAAGGAGGAACACGGCGUGA